AUGUUAGCUUUGUUAUCAGAAAACCAGCUGCUUAAGCUAGAGUACGAUCUCCAUGCUGAACUCCUGUUACGCGAACAGGGGAACCCCCCAGCUUCGCUUGCCCGCGAAGAUAUCCCAUGGUGUGAGCGAUAUCAAUGCCUAGCCAUGAUGAUGAUGCGCGGUCUGUCCGAUCUAGACCUCUACAAACUCCAAAUACUUUAUGCGGAGGAACUCGAUCGGCGUCAAAACUGCGACUGGAGGGUGAGACACUUGGUUGAGUACCCUCGAAUUCGCCUUUUUAGGCGGAACAUGUCGCCUCUGCUCCUUGACAACUGGUGGUCAAUCUGGAGUGAUCUUUUGGGGUAUGCAAAACAAACAUCGAUGCACAUGCAGCCUAUAUGCCACUCGAAAGCUUUCCCAGUUUCUAUGUCUGCAAACGGCUCGAGUAGUAACAUUUCGUUGCUUCCCCAGUUGGAAACGGCCGAAUCAGCAUUAAUUUCUGGAAAAAGCAGUCAAUCGGAAACUUUUCGUACGAACAUUGGACCAGAAAGCGGAGAGCAUCUCGAUUUUCCAUAUGGAGCUUCCAAGAGAUCUAGCUCCAGUAGCUUUGUCACAGCCAAAUCGUCCGCAGCAAGUGGGAGCUUCUACACCGCUUCUGGAGGGACAAGUCUACGAACCUUAAGCCAGCUCAGUAUGAUGCAAGAGAAUAGCCAGUAUGCUGCGCUCUUGCAGUCCAUAGGUCUUUUACCUGUGGACGCUUCCACGGAGAAGGACUGGUGUGGGAGAGGGCAACAUGCAGAAUUCAGAACGAAUGAAAAGGAUAAGCUUCAAAAAAUCUUGAAGCGUCAAAAACUUCUUGGAUCCACCCCGAACGCGGUAGUGGAGAGCGUAAAAUGCCGGCGAAUUCUUCUUGCUCGAAAAACCGUCAACUGCAAUGAAAGAUUCACCAGAGAGAUGGCAAUCCAAGAAGUUGCGCACCUCCAGAAACUCAGACAUUUACACAUAAUCCAAGUUGUUGGCACAUAUGUCAUGGAGACCGAACUAGCUAUUCUGCUAUACCCUGUUGCCGAUUUCAAUCUGGAAAGAUUUAUGCAAUCAGCUCGUGGAAUUUAUGGCGAUGGUCUCUUGCCUCACUUUUCUGAACACAAGGAAUUGAAGGCAGCGCAUCGUGCUCUUUUCGGCUCCUUUCGAUGUCUAUCCAACGCAAUGAAAUACAUUCACGGGAACAUAACAAAGCACAUGGACAUUAAACCGCAGAACAUCCUUGUGCGAAAACUUCGACAAGAUCAACAGUCCGGCUUGUUGUACAACGCGUACAACGCGUACAGAGUAUAUAUUGCCGACUUUGGCAUCGCAAGGUCAUAUAAUACACACACGGAUUCGGAAACAGAAGGCCCGACGAUGUUCACAAGAAAGUACGCCGCGCCUGAGGUAGUUGAUAGGGACAGACGUGGGCUGGCUGCGGACGUUUUCUCCAUGGGCUGCGUCUUUGCAGAGAUCCUAGAUGUAAUAGCUCCUCCAUGGGAGCGUGGGGGGCGAGCUGACCGCAGCCCACGACAACGCCUCGAAUCUGUCAGAAAGUCAAAUGAGUAUGGAGAUUUGUCUUACCAAGCCAACAUUCCUCAAGUGCAGGAAUGGCUCCUUACUCUUCUACCCGAGACGUCAUUCUAUCCUCAUUUUCCAGUAGACCUCUUGUGUCCUGUUGUGGUAUCGAUGCUCAAUAUCAAUCCAUCAGAUCGCCCAAGCGCAGAAAGCGUUGCCACAAGCUUCGGGGCCUCCGAAACCUGUUGUUCCGACUCGACAGAGCCCGAGUCUCUUGAAGUUAUGCCUGAUGAAUCCACUAGUCCGGAUGCUGAUAGUAAAGUGCGUUAUGGCCUCAAGCGUCUCGGAAUAAUCAAGGAGUAG